UUGGGGUAGGUGGCAGUGUGCCAGGGCGCACUAAUGGCAGAGUAUACUUUUUUGAAAAUCUGUCUUAAUGGAAGCAUUAUCUGAAUAUCCAGUCAAAUGCUGAUAAAUUAUAAAGGAGAAUGCAGGCUUCCGUGGCAUUUUUAAGGAGAUGUCCUGGUGUGGGUGAAGAGGAUAAUGUGUAACAGUGGGCAGAGGAGGCAGGAGUCUGGGGUGUCUCCCGAGUUUCUGUUUUAGGUCUUGGGGGGAUGGCUAAGCUGUGCCACAGGAGAAGAACCAUGGUGUAUGAUGGGAGUUAAGUCAGCUUGUCCUUUCUGAGUUGUUCCCGCAAGACAUGCAGGUGGAGACACUGACAAGGUGGCGGGAAGCACAAGUCUGCUGCUCUGGAGAAGAUAGGGUUACUGGUGUAGACUUGGGUCUCACCAGGUGCGACGAGAGGUCCAGGCACUGGUUCUCAGCCGCAGCUGCCCAUUGAAAUCACCUGAGGAGCCUGGGACUCAUCUCUGGAGAUUCUGAUGUAAUUUGUCUUGGUUGCACCCUGGGUCCUGGGAAUUUUAAGAUCUCCCCAGGUGAUUCUAAUGGGUAGCAAAGGCGAGGAACCGCUCCUAUGGAGAGAAGAAUGGAGACCGAAACCCUGGGGAAUAUCAACAUGCAGCGGAAGAGACUUGUCUUCAGCGAAGAGGAAAUUUGCAGAUUCCUUAAAUGAAUUUAAAUUCCAGUGCAUAGGAGAUGCAGAAACAGAUGAUGAAAUGUGUAUAGCAAGGUCUUUGCAGGAGUUUGCCACUGUUCUCAGGAAUCUUGAAGAUGAACGGAUACGGAUGAUCGAGAAUGCCAGCGACGUGCUCAUCACCCCCUUGGAAAAGUUUCGGAAGGAGCAGAUUGGGGCUGCCAAGGAAGCCAAAAAGAAGUAUGACAAGGAGACAGAGAAGUACUAUGGGGUCUUAGAAAAACAUUUAAAUUUGUCUUCCAAAAAGAAAGAAUCCCAGCUUCAGGAGGCAGACAGCCAACUGGAUGUGGUCCGGCAGCAUUUCUAUGAAGUAUCCCUGGAGUAUGUCUUCAAGGUGCAGGAAGUCCAAGAGAGAAAGAUGUUUGAGUUCGUGGAGCCUCUACUGGCAUUCUUGCAAGGACUCUUCACUUUCUAUCACCAUGGUUAUGAACUGGCCAAGGAUUUCAGCGACUUCAAGCUGCAGCUGACCAUUAGCAUACAGAACACAAGAAAUCGCUUUGAAGGCACCAGGUCAGAAGUGGAAUCACUGAUGAAAAAGAUGAAAGAGAACCCCCUUGAGCACAAGACCAUCAGUCCCUACACCAUGGAAGGGUACCUCUACGUUCAAGAGAAACGUCACUUUGGAACUUCUUGGGUGAAGCACUACUGUACAUAUCAGCGGGAUUCCAAGCAAAUCACCAUGGUACCAUUUGACCAGAAGUCAGGAGGAAAGGGGGGAGAAGAUGAGUCGGUCACCCUCAAAUCCUGCACACGGCGGAAAACAGACUCCAUUGAGAAGAGAUUUUGCUUUGACGUAGAAGCAGUGGACAGGCCAGGGGUUAUCACCAUGCAGGCGCUGUCAGAAGAGGACCGGAGGCUCUGGAUGGAAGCCAUGGAUGGCCGGGAACCUGUCUACAACUCGAACAAAGACAAUCAGACCGAAGGAACUGCACAGUUGGACACCAUUGGCUUCAGCAUUAUCAAGAAAUGCAUCCACGCUGUGGAGACCAGAGGGAUCAAUGAGCAAGGGCUCUACCGAAUCGUGGGGGUCAAUUCCAGAGUGCAGAAGCUGCUGAGUAUCCUGAUGGACCCCAAAACAGCUUCUGAAACAGAAACGGAUAUCUGUGCGGAAUGGGAGAUCAAGACCAUCACCAGUGCUUUGAAGACCUACCUAAGAAUGCUUCCAGGACCACUCAUGAUGUACCAGUUUCAAAGAAGUUUCAUCAAAGCAGCAAAGCUGGAGAAUCAGGAGUCUCGGGUCUCUGAAAUCCACAGCCUUGUUCAUCGGCUCCCAGAGAAAAACAGGCAGAUGUUACAGCUGCUCAUGAACCACUUGGCUAAGACAAGCUCCUUAAUGAAAGGCCCAGUGUCUACCUCUCCAUUGGUCUCUCUCUGCCUGGCUUGCUGUACGUGCUUCAUAGACAGUAUCUUCUGUGUUGCAAAAAACCACAAGCAAAAUCUGAUGACAGUGGCAAACCUCGGUGUGGUGUUUGGACCCACCCUGCUGCGGCCUCAGGAAGAAACAGUGGCAGCCAUCAUGGAUAUCAAAUUUCAGAACAUUGUCAUUGAGAUCCUGAUAGAAAAUCAUGAGAAGAUAUUUAACACCGUGCCUGAUAUGCCUCUCACCAAUGCCCAGCUGCACCUGUCUCUGAAGAAGAGCAGUGACUCUAAGCCCCCAUCCUGCAGCGAGAGGCCUCUGACGCUCUUCCACGCCAUGCAGUCCACAGAGAAACAGGAACAGAGAAACAGCAUCAUUAACUCCAGUUUGGAAUCUGUCAUCUCAUCAAAUGCAAACAGCAUCCUUAAUUCUAGCAGCAGCUUACAGCCCAACAUGAACUCCAGUGACCCAGACCUGGAUGUGCUCAAACCCACCCGGCCCAACUCACUCCCCCCGAAUCCAAGCCCAACUUCACCCCUCUCGCCAUCUUGGCCCAUGUUCUCGGCGCCAUCCAGCCCUAUGCCCACCUCAUCCACGUCCAGCGACUCAUCCCCCAUCAGGCCAGAAGAAGCUGUUCAUGAAGACUCCAGCACACCAUUCCGGAAGGCAAAAGCUUUGUACGCCUGCAAAGCUGAACACGACUCAGAGCUCUCCUUCACUGCAGGCACGGUCUUCGAUAAUGUUCACCCGUCUCAGGAGCCUGGCUGGUUGGAGGGGACUCUGAAUGGAAAAACUGGCCUCAUCCCUGAGAACUACGUGGAGUUCCUCUAACCGUGGGCCCCAGCAGAACUGCUGAGCUUUCCAUGGUAUCCAUGACAACUGCUGAGUCCAGUAUUGUGGGUCAUUUCUCUUUGCCACUGAGAAAUGCAGGACGACUGACUCUGCUGCUACCUGUCAACACAAGUGUUUCUGUGAACUUUGGGGUCAUCCAUCCCCAUGAUCAUCUCAGCUGAUGUGCGGUGACAUUGCAAGAAACAGAAGUAAAUCAGCAGGGGCUGCCAUUUGAUUUUGAUAACCAAGGAAGGCUUGCAAAGCCAUUUCUCUCAUUCAGCACCCUAAAUGGGGAGCACUCAUUUUGUUUCAACAGUCACCCAAACUCCCAGCCUUCUGAAAACGGAAGCAAGAUCUAAGUAGUCCUCAAACGCAUGCAGGGCUGGGUAAUGGCUCUGAGAUCCAGGCUGGGUCCAUUGCUUUUGUUUACAGUAGACACUCUAAUCCACCUCUACAUACUUGAGACCCACAGUGCUACAGGCAGCUGGGUCUGUUUGUUUGCAUGCAGGAUGGAGAGGGCCUACGGCACUGUUUACACAAGAUCCAAUCUCUCACCAUCUCUAAAACAGCGGUUGGCCCAGCGACAGCAGAAUUAGCCCAGUCCCCUCUUACGAGAGAACACACACACCCCACGUUCCCCUCCUCCCAAGCUGGGAACUUCUCUGCCGCUGAGUGUGGCCACCACUUCGUAACCACGGCAACUCAACCUACUCCUAAACCAAAUCAAGAUAAAUAAAUAAAUAAAUAACACGCUCGAUUUGCAUUACACAUUUUUUUCUCCCCCCUUUUGGGUAGUUUUUUUGAAUGGUUUUCCAACAACGUGAAGAGGAAGAUCAAGAAAUUAGAGUGGUCUGCUAAGGACAGACAGAAUAGCAGCUGGGAACUGUUUCCUUUCUGAUUUAUUUCAGCAGCAUCAGGAUAUAUUUGGAGCAAACUCUAGUAACCUCUUGAGAUUAAAUUACAUACAGGCUUAAUAUUUCUGUUCUUCCAUGCCACUGAUGUUUGCUUUCUAGAGGGCGAUAUGCUGCCUCCCGAUGGGUGAUGCCCUCUUCUUUCUGACUCAUUCCCUAAGGGCCUCCAGUUCACCUGUCUUAACCCCUGCCCUGGACUGCCUCUAGCCCAUCACUGACCACCCCUGACAGUGCCCUGGACUCCUGAGCACUGCUGCCCUGCUGGUUUGCAGGGCUGAUUUCCUAGGCCAGCCCUAAGGCCUAUAGUUUAAAAGGACAUGUAUGUUCACUGCCACUCAGAAAAAGGGAAUUGUUUCUCAGGCUUUUGAGGCAUGAGGCUGAUAUCAUAAGCCAUUGUGAUUCAGGAGGACACCAAAAGCUUGAGGCAGGGAGAAUGUGAUGGGUACCUCCUGAGGAAGAGAAUUUCCUGGCCCACCAAGGGAUGGGUCUCGUGGAACACCUGCCUUGAGUGGGGAAGUUCAGCCUGGACAUUUCAUAUUCACUUGGCUUCCAAAAGACAGAGUCCUCAGGAUGUUCCCCAUUUGAAUGUCCUUGCAAGAGUGACUCUGGGCAGACCAGCUCCAAACCGAUGGACUGUCAAACUCCACAGCCUUCACGGGAUGGCAGCCAUGCUCCGGAGUGUUUCCUACUUCUGGAAUUCCUCAUUAGGGAAGUUUAAAGAAGAAAAGAAAAACUUGAAUUGUGUUCAUUACUGUAUCUUUUACAUUUUUUGGAGAAGAUAAACCUGUAAAUAGGGUGAUUUGAAAUUCUAUAUGGCAAAGUUUUAUAUUUGAUAUUCUUGAAGCCAGUUGCUCCACACAUUUAAGCUUUGGUUGCUGAACAGGAGUGUAUAGGAGGGAGAGCGAGGAAGAAAGGUUGAAGAGAGUCAAGGUCAUCCCUCUCUGACCUUGAGGAAGGAGGAGAUAUGUCUGCACAUGCUCUGCUGGCUCUUGUUGGUGGGCAUAACACAUCGAUGGUGUUCAGUCGUCUUUAUCCAGGUGUGUUUUUGAGCAUUUCUUGGGCUUUGGAUUUGGAGAUGGAAAGAGCAUCUUCUGGCAAAGAAUCUUUCCAAGAACAACUACUCAGUAGUGAGAUGAAGCUCAGGAUUUAAAUAGAUGGGGCCAGGGCUUAGGGUUUUUUGUUGUCUUGUUUGUUUGUUUUUUCCAUUUUUCUUCUCAGGUGUAUUUCUUGGUACCCUAAGAUAUCAGGACAGCAGGAUAUAGGAUAAUUGUGUACUCCUUAUGUGUAACUCUUCUGCACAUCUUCUAAGACUUUAUGAAAGAGGCCAAGCUAGUUUGCAAGUUUUGUGUGUGUCCCAGUUCUUAAAAAAAACUGGCUUCUUAGGAUCUUUAAUUCUCAGUAUGCUGCAGCUUCUCCUUUCCCUGAACAUGUUUAUGCCCUUUCUGUUUAUCUCAGAUUUCCUAUAACCCCAAGUGAGGGAAAAACUCCAAAGAGGAAUGGAGAUUGUGCCAUUAGAGCUUUAUAGAUGGUUUUCAAGUUAAUAGGAGUAUGUCAUUGUGACUCAGUUCAUGAGCUCAAAGGUUACACCGCUAUUAUCCAGGAGCUCACCCAGCAGCAAUGGAGACACUGCCACUGAAUCAGGGAACAAGGAUUAAGACUGGACAAGGACUCAGGAAAGCUAUCGUUGAAAACCUAAAAAGAAAGGGAAUUUACAGACAGGCCAUACCUCCUCCCUGUGGGCUUUGAACUGCUUGGGGACCUGUUCCAAGGGGCCUGAGGCAACAAACGCACUCUGCCACUGUGCUUUUCAAAUAGGAGGAGGGCAACAUAAUUCUUUCAAUGCAUUUGAUGUUUUAUAUUGUCACAGGCCCCACUAAAACCUUGAGCAAAAUAUGCAGGUCCUGGCUUGGGAGUUCCUAGCUGAAGCAUACCUAUGGGCACUCAGCCCCAGCUUGACCAGUUGGAAGCAUAUCCCUCCCUCCUCAGUUGGCCCUGAUUAGAAGCCAGAGGGAAAUGGAGCUGCUGCCAAUGGGAAUUUUUAGGUAGAUUCCUUCCCAGUGUCCCUGUGGCCAUGCUGGGCCUGUGACAGAUGGCUGCUCUGUUUCCUUUCCCCAGCCAGGCUUACCUCCUCCCCAUUUGCUACAGACCUGGAGAAACUGUUCAGAAUAUGAGCCAACAGAUAGGAAGGAUUUUGGAGACUAAAAAUAGAUUUUACCCUCUCUACUCUCUCUCUCUGCCUUCCGUCCCUCACUCUCUGCUUGAAUGAGAGGGGAUCUUCAGGAUGGGUUAGGGGAGUGAACUAGAUAUUAGGCUGGAAGACUGUUGACCAAGAUCCCUGAGUUUUCCCUGGGGGCUUUGUUCCUUUUGUAAGGCCCUGGGAUCUGCUUGGCAUACAGAGCAUGAAUCUUUUUGGGGUAUUAAGAUCAGUCUCUUACUUCUUCAGGUACCCACAGAAGUCUGUAUCUGCAGAAUGCCAUGUCAUAAGAAGAUAACUAGUUUCAAACCCAUAACCCACCCCGCUACUAGCAAGCAAAUUCCCGAUUCACUCAAGACUGGUGAUAGUCUCUUCUCUUUUCAAAAAUAAACAUAGAGGUGGGCCCUGUAUAGCACCACCUUCCUUGGUGUCUUGUAAUUGGAGCCAGUUUUUAGCUUACUGUUUCAGUAUUUUGACAACCAAUAUGUGUUUUCUUCUGUCAGACCCAACUGUCUUUUUCAGCAUCAUUCCAGUUCAUCCUCUCUUGCUGAGGGUUGUUUUUUGUUUUGUUUUGUUUUUUUUAAACAGAGGCAAAGAGAAAGAGAAAUGAGCCAUCGAGUAUUGACAGACUGGCAUUAGCAGGACAGUCAUGCUAGUGACAGAGUCACUAAAGGCAUUUGUUGGGAUUCUGCGGUUGUGUGUGCCAUACCUUGCUCUAAAGGAAGUCCUUCUACCAACUGCAUUUGUGUGUCCUGAAAAUAGCAACCCCAGUCUCACCAGAAGUUCUGUUCUUAACUUCAGUGACUCCAGGAACAUCCAUGGUUAAGGGGUAGGGAGACAGAAAUAAUUGGCUGACGAUAACUUGAUCACCUAUUCAUGACUGUCUAUAGGCACCUUUCAUCCUCUGGCUUCUGUUUCCAAAGACAAGUCUGGACCACCCAUAUUUGUAGAUACAGGACCGCCACGUACAACAGUGGCCAUCAUGGCACCUACAGUUUCCCUAGAAUUGAAUGUCUUAUGAGCAACCAUAUUACCCGAGUAGGUAGCCAGCACUGAAGAAAACAAACAGCCUCUUAGCUACCUGCCUUUAGAGGAGGUGUCCUAGGUAUUCUGUCUUGGGAGUUAUCUGUCAUCUCUGGCAAACCUGACAGUCAUCAAUAACCUAGACAACCCUGCUCCACAUCUCUUUCAAGUCAACUGGGUGUCUUCUCUCACACCCUGUGCUGGUGUUUAAAAAAUUUAUCUUGUGCUCAAAUGUGUUUGGCAGCCACGCUGAUCUGCCGGGUGCUGAACCACUUACUUCUCUGUAAUUGUAGCAUCAAAAUGACAACAGCAGGAGAGCAGUGAACAUUGCACAAUUCUAUAGCAUGCGUGAGACAAUACUCCAACAAGUAAUAAUUAGCUUUUUCCCCCCCUUUCAACACCUACAGUACUUGUCUAACUACAGAGCUUCCCAAACGAGAGGGAGGGAUCCUAUAGAGAAUCCAGAUAUCACUCAGAGCCAGUCUUUGCUGAAAUGCGGCCUUCUAGUGGAAGCACUUGUAUUCUUGGGAGAAAAAGUAUUGGAUGUAAAGUAAUGCUAGGAGCAGAGAGAGAGGGGAAAAAAAACAACAACAAACCACACUGAAGAACUUUGGAUUUCUUGGGGGUUUUGUUUGUUUGUUUGUUUGUUUAGAGAGAGAAAUACAGUUCUUAAUAGGGGAAGGAAAAACUUAUCAUAAAAAAAAGUUCAUAAUAUUUUUACAGAAGUUUUGUGGGACUCUACAAGAUAGAAACGUCUUUCAAGGUGGAAUACUUUAGAGAACAAAGGCUUGGCCUAGUCCUAGACCCAUGUAAGGGUAGCAGUUACUAUUACGUCAAAAUUCUCUUUAGUAAGAAUCAGAGUAUUGAUAAUCAAAAUUUCGGAACUACCUGGAGCUGUCAUAGAGAGAUGAAGACAUUCUGUGCCAUUCUACCUUGACCAGUUCUUGUCCAGACAGCUAGACAGCAUCCUUGGGUAUCCAGUUGCCAGGAUGAACCUUGUACCUGUGAAAAGAGAUUCAUCUGGUGAUUCUAAAGUAUAUAUGUAUUAGUGUGUGUUUGUGUAUGUGUAAUGUGUAUGUAUAGUGCACAUUUAUGUAUGUGAAGAUACAGACUCAUAUAGAAACCCACAUAAGCUGGCAGUAGCUGAGCCUUUACAACCUUUAAGAUUUGAAGGUUGAGAAUUCAAGAAAUAAGAGAGGCUGUUUGACUAUCAAAAUGAUCAGAGAUGUAAAUUAAGUGCCAUUUUAAAACUUUGUUCAUAUUUAUCAGAUGGUUACUAUCUACAGCUAUAUUCCAUGUUAACUUAUUAAAAGUCAUGUUGCAAAAAGAUCAAGUUAAUAAAUGGUUAGUAGCUAGUACCAGGCUAGUGUUCAAAAGCACUCUAAAGGAUAUUUUGUCCAUAUUUUGGAGAAGAAAGUGUGUGCAUGUUUAAUUCAUAAUUUAGGCUACCUUUGAAUAUAUUGUAAAGUGCUAUGUGAUAUAGUAUCAAUAAAGUACUUAAAAAUGGCACUUUAAUGUUUUUUUUAAAUCAUAAGUAAUGCACUGUUUGAAACUUCAGUUCAGUAUUGAAUAUUGACUGGUGUAUAGAAUCCAAUUCCGUAAUUAAAAAGUAAUUUGUGACUAGAAUAGAACUUUUUUUCUUGUUACUAGUGAAACAGUUUUACCAUGUUCAAGCUUUAAAAAAAGUGUGCUUUUGCGUCACUAAGCAUAUCUACAAAGACAAUACAAUUUCUGUUGAGUGGCCUCUGAAACUUGGCUUUCUUACAUUUUGUUGGUUUACAUGACAAUCCGUAUAAAACAAG